CAGAACAGAAUUCAGAAUUGAUAAGAGACAAAUGUAUGAGAACUUAAUAUCUUCUGUAGGUUCAUAAUUUUUUUAUUUAAAUUUAAUUUUAAUUAUCGAGUAAGUCAUUUUUAUUUGGAAAACAUAAAUUUGAGCGAAAUAUGGAUGUGUUACGUCCAAGGAUAUUAAAUAUUGAUGGUCGAAAAUAUCGUCUAAAUACUGCUGAUUAUUAUCCAAACGAGUGUGUAGAAACAGAAAUGGACAAAGUUGAAACACAACCGCAUAACACUGAAAUGUCUGAAAGCCUGCCGUCCUAUGUCGAAAGAGAAGAUUUUGAAGAAGAAUAUGAUGACUUGAAUAUUUACAUGGAAGGUGGUCGAUGUGUACUAAAUCUAGAAGUGCCAAAUACAUUUUAUGGUUUGAUCAUUGGUAGAAAUCGAGAGAAUCUCAAAAAUCUUGAAUAUCAAACAAAAACUAGAAUUAAAAUUCCUAACGUGAAAGAAAAGAGUAUAAUAACUAUAAAAGGAGAAGAAAGGGCACAAAUUAUUGCAGCUAAAUCAAAAAUUGAUGCAAUUGUAAAGAGAGGUCGAUUAAAACAGAGUAUGACUCAUUUUGUGUCCUUGCCAAUGGUUAACCAAAUAGUAAUUGAUAACUUUUUGGCUUUCAAGGAAAUGGUUCUUGAUGAAUGUGGCCAGUGCCGUGGUGUCACUGAACUUUUAUUUCAAAAUCAACUUAAACUUCAUUUAACAAUUACUUGUUUUGUUCUAUGCGAUGCAGCAGAAAUAAAAAUAGCUGUACAAUUGAUGGAACAGUGUGAAAAUACUAUAAUAAAACCUAUGAAUUUGAAAUCUUUAGACAUAUUAGUUUCUGGAUUAGAUUGUAUGAAUGAUGAUCUGUCAGAAGUGAAUGUCUUAUAUGCUAAAGUGGAAAAUCCUGAGAUUCAAAUGUUGGCGGAUAAAAUACAAACAUAUUUCCAAGACUGCGAUUUGGCGUUACAACCCAGAAAUAAUCAUGUAAAACUACAUAUAACUUUGAUGAAUUCUGGAUUUUACGAGUAUCAAUCUAGUGUUAAUGGGGAUUCUGGCAAUAAAUCUCAUCUUACGUUUGAUGCUAGAAAAAUAAUUGAAAAAUUUAAUGAUUAUACAUUUGGAACCGUACAGUUGACAGACAUUCAUCUGUCUCAACGCCAUACAACUGAUUCAAAUGGUUACUACAAAUCAUCAUUUGUAUUAAAACUUAAACCAUGAAGAAAUUCAUCAUCUGUGGUUUUAGAAAAUAUACCUUUUAUUGAAUUGAAUAUAAAAUAAAAUCCACAUAACAGUAUUUUAACUUAAAAAUUAGAGACAAAACAAAUAUUGUGUGAUCUGUAUAUUAAACUCAUAUGUUUAUUAUCAUAAUACAGGAUAUCAAAAAUAGUAUGUGGUCCUGUAGGUAAAAGAGCCAAGUGUUAAACGUUGACAUGGGUUAAAGAUGUUAAAAAAAGGAGGGGCAGUUGAAAAAAACAAUCUCUUCAUAUCUUGAAGGCAGACCUUGACAUUGACUUAGUUUUCAUUCUGAACUUUAAGUGUAGCUAAAUUAUCCACCACAUAGAUCUCCAAACUUAAGAAAUUGCUGGUAAUUUUAGAUAAUAUUUGAAUUUGUAUUGAUUACUUCUAAACUUAAACUGAGCCAAUUUUGUAUUAUUCAAAACAUGUAGUACGUCUUAUUUUUUUUUACCAUAUUAUUAGACUUGGUAGAAGUCUUAUCUAUUUUAAAAAUAUAUUAUUGUAGACUUCUAUGAAUUCUAUCAAAUGCCCAUAUGAAGAACAACUGCUCUUCUGAUGUCUACAAGUAAUUUAUAACCAUUCCAAAUUUAGUUUUAGUGCAUAUUUUAUUUUAUUAUAUAUAUAAUAUAAUUUAAUAUAUAUUUAUAUUUACAUA